CUUAGUUUAUUAUGUAAUAACAUAGACGUAAACAUAUAUAAGCAGAGGUUGUAACCGAGUUUAAAUAGAAGAUAGAUUUAUCAUACAUGACAAGUAUGAGCAAAAUGUUGUGCUUGAUUCUACUACUUACUAUUACUGGAUGCAGUUUAGCCAGUGACCAGCCAUGUCUAGAUUUAGGAGGCCAUUGUCAGUAUGACAGUAACAGAUGUAUUGGUUCAUAUUACUCGGGGAACUGUGCUGGAAGUGCUAACAGACGUUGUUGUAUAGUGGACGGUGACGGUGACCAGCCAUGUAUAUAUUUAGGAGGCCAUUGUCAGGAUGACAGCAACAGAUGUGGUGGUUCAUAUUACUCAGGGAAAUGUACUGGUAGUGCUACAAGACGUUGUUGUACAAGGACAGCAGUGGAACAUGAUACUGGUGACUGCGCUAAUGUUAACAUAAUAUCACGUGACAGCUGGGGAGCUCGGAGACCAGGAAGUACAUCGACUAUCUAUACGCCAGUUCCUGACUUUUUUAUACAUCAUACUACAGGUGGAGCUUGUACAUCAUUUUCUGCAUGUAUCGCACAAAUGAAAGGAAUACAGAAUUACCACAUGGAUGAUUCUAACCACAGGUGGGCAGACAUUGGUUACAGCUUCCUCGUUGGUGAAGAUGGGAAAAUCUAUGAGGGCAGAGGCUGGGAUCAAGAAGGGGCUCAUACUUUGGGCUAUAACAGCCGUGGAUUGGCCGCCUCAUUUAUGGGAAAUUUUUCUACCCAUGCUCCUAAUUCUGCUGCUUUAAAUGCUGUAAAAGAAUUGAUUCAGUGUGGAAUCAGUAAAGGAAAAAUUUCACAAUCUUACGCUUUGUUUGGACAUCGAGAUGUUAGUUCCUCUGCCUGUCCAGGCACAGCUUUGUACAACGUCAUCAAAACAUGGGCUCGUUUUAAGGCACAUUCUCCUUAAUAAUUUUUUUACGCUUUCUGAUUGAUUAUUUCUACCACGAAUAAUAACAAACGAAUUUAUUUAAUCCAAUCAUUCAUUUUUCUGAAACAUGAGCUAUUGAAUUUGAAUAUCGCUGUUCAGUUUGUGAAAUACAAAAUGACGAAAUUUAUAACUCCUUUUAUGGAAUGAAAUGCAUACUAAAAUUACCUUGUCCGUUCGUUAACAAGUCUGUUUGUUCGAGCUUAUGUAAUUUUCAUUAAAUAUUACUCAGCUUUU